GUGAGCGAGCAAGCUUGGCCUUGAAGCGAAGAACCUGUCUCUCCUAUCUCCUUUGAGAAAAAUAAAUAUUAAAAUCCAAAAGGAAAAUCGGAAAAAAGUGGUAUAAUAAUUUAAGAAUUUCUUACUAAAAGAAAUUAUAAGGAGUAAAGAGAUUAGGUUCUGUAAUAAUUUAGCAGGGAAAGCCUGGGUAGUGGUUAGUGUGUCUUUUAAAAUCAUACAGGUCACCUGUUUGCUUCAGCAGGUAAGCCAAGGCCUCUGUCUCUCUUUCUCUCUCUCUCUCUCUAUCUCUAUCUCUCACUUUGUGCAUGCUUUCUCUCUCUUUUUUUUCUCUCUAGGCUAAUAGAGGACUCCUACAUUGUCUGUGAUCUAUAUGUAUAAUAAAAGUUGGAAUUUGAUGCUUGCUUUACUGUUUGUGGAAGUACCCAAUUGGUGAAUUUGGUUUUUCUUGUCAAAUUUAAGCAAGCAUUUGAUGCUCUUGCAGGUACUAUCAAACACCCGUUUUAGGGGACUGUGAAUGAAACUCUUUUCUUUUCUGUUCUUGUAUAAUUCAAGUAGAAUUUAAUGCUUUUUGGUCUUUUUUGGAAACCCAUCUGAGAAUAUCUCAAAAGGUGCUCUGCAGCUUCCCUUUUCUUUGGUUACUUGGCCUUCUUGGGUCUUCUGAUUCAAAACUUGAAGAGCUAGUCAUUUCACUUCUCUAUACACUAUUUUCUAAUUCCACAUUCAUUGGUUAAAGUUUGAGGUCUUCCCCCUGAAUUAGGUUCCAAAUGAAGAGAUUCAGUCUGCCAAUUUUAAUACAUUGGUGUCUUAAAUGAGUGGAGCUGCUUUCUUGUACGAGCAAAAGUGAAAAGGGAAUCUGCUUUUCUUUUGUAAGGACUGAUGAGCUGUUAGCUGGCUAAUGCCAUAGUUUGUCUAUGUCUACUUUAUGCUCUGAAAGGUUCACUUUCUUGUCUCUAGGAAGCAUUUUCCGUUUUAUCGUUGCAUAUUAGAGUAGCCUUGAUCCUAAGGUCUUUUCAAAGAUGAGUUAAGUAGCUGUUGCUGGUUAGAUUUUAUGCUUUCAUACAUUGGAUUUCCUCUUUUUUCACUUUGUGUCUAUGGGAUGCUGCAAUGAGGCGUUUCUUUUACUUUAGCACCCGCUCAGUUCUAUAAAGCUGCCAAGGCCCAAGGCCACUUGUUCCUUGUUGAGUCCUGCAAGAUAUCACCAGCUAAUUCUGGUCAAACCCACUUUAGCUUUAAUCUAUAGUUCCUUCUGUUUUAUAUCUAUAUUUAGUCCUGCUCUUGGCUAACUGUUGGGUUGGGUUUUCCACAAAAUCACACAUAGGCUUGUUUUUUAGAAUUUGGGGAUUUAGCUUUUGAAUCUGGAGAAAUGGGUGGUAAUGGUGAUAACAAUGAUGGUAAGGCGUUUCAAAAUGGAGGCCAAAGUGUUAUCAAUUGUCAAUCUUCAGGAAUGCGUGGAAACCCCUUCUUUGCUCCUGCUUGGGAUCCAGUUGUUUCAAUGAGUCAGCAUGAGAAUUUUGGAGGUUCAUCAAUGGUGUCUCAAAGUGAAUUUACCAAUUCUCCUUACCCUGUUGUGAUGGAAAACCAGGGAAACAGUACCACUUCCCAUCUUGUUCAUUACCCAUCUGAUUCAAGUUAUGCUGAGCUAAUGCCCAAGUUUCCUUCCUAUGGAAGUGGGAGCUUCUCAGAAAUGGUUUGUUCAUUUGGUCUCACCGAGUGUAGCCAGAUUGCCAAUACUGGCUGCCAUCUUAAUUAUUCCUCAAACAAGGAGGCAAAUGUCGAAAGGACUAUAACAAAUUGUGUAGAAUCUCAAGAAGAUCGCCAAUUAACGGAAGAGCCCAUUAUAGGGGCUACACCUGAUGGGAAACGAAGAAAACGAGUGGCUGAAUCCAAUUCUCCUUUUGAUCCAAAUAAGAAUGCUGAAGGAGAGCUACAAAAGGAUCCUUCUGGACAUAGCUCUGAGGUUCAAAAAGAACAGGAUGAGAAGAAGCCAAGAACUGAACAGAAUACUGCUGCUAAUUUGCGGGGUAAACAAGCAGCUAAACAAGCUAAAGACAAUUCUCACAGUGGAGAAGCUCCAAAUGAGAAUUACAUUCAUGUCAGGGCGAGAAGGGGUCAGGCUACCAAUAGCCACAGCCUUGCUGAAAGGGUGAGAAGAGAGAAGAUUAGUGAGCGGAUGAGAUUGUUGCAAGAACUCGUUCCAGGAUGCAAUAAGAUUACUGGAAAGGCAGUAAUGCUAGAUGAAAUCAUCAACUAUGUGCAGUCGUUGCAACAACAGGUCGAGUUUUUGUCCAUGAAACUUGCCACUGUGAAUCCUGAACUAAGCCAUGACAUUGAGAGGAUUCUGUCCAAAGAUAUACUUCAUUCAAGAGGUAGCAAUGCUGCUCUUAUGGGAUUCAGUCCUGGGAUGAAUGCUCACCCUUAUUCACAUGGAAUUUUUCCAGCAAACAUACCAAUAAUUCCAAAUACAAAUCCACAAUUUCCACCCGUUCCUCAUGCAGCACUAGACCACGAUCUCCAAAGCCUUUUCCAAAUGGGAUUUGAUUCAAGUUCUGCUAUUGACAGUUUGGGAGCAAAUGGGCGGUUGAAGCCGGAGCUCUAAAAUCUGAAAGAAAUCAAAGGUUCUAAUUCCUCCUAACAAAUAAUUUGAAGUGUUUCAAGUUGACUUGCACAUUAAAAGUCUUUUAGGAAAGGGAAAGAAAAAGGGAAGAAGUUUCUUGGUUGUAUAGGUUCAGCUCCUAACUGCUUGUUCUUCGAAUUUUUAGCAGAAGAAAGAUUUAAGUGUUAGAAUCACACACAUGUAUAUUUUUAGAUUUAAAAAAAAAAAAAAAAAAAAAAAAAAAACAAGAAGCAGACAUUGAUUGGUGAAGUUGACUUGUGUUUCUUCUUUUCAUUCUUUUUCCUUUCCUUUGUAGCUGGUAUUCUGAAUUAAAGGGAGUGAACAUUUUUGAGUUUUUUGUUUGGGGAAAUAUUGGAGAGAGUUUCCCUCUUGUAGAAUAGAUGAAGCAUGAAGUUAUUUUUCAUAAUUCCCACA